AUUGCGAAGAUAUUGCAUGUCGAUUAAUUAUUAACACGCGGGCGACGCACAGACAAAGUUGAAUAUUAACUAAUCCAUGUUGACUAAUAGGACAAAACUUAACAAAUAUAUGCCGUGAAAGUAGACUCUUUACAAGACAUUUACUAUCCAAUAAAGAUCAAAAUGGUUUGAAGAUCAUGCUUUUUUAUGAUGAAAUGUAAUAAUCUAGAGAUGAGAGGGGGAGAGUAUUAUUGCUUGAAAUCUUCUGAGAUUGUUAUCCAUUUUGAUUUGCAAACACGAUCAAACUGUUGUGUUUAUACGUUUUCGUGUCGAUGCUAUGGCUUCAUGAAGGCUAGUUUCUAGACCUGACAAUGUCAAUAAUUAAUGAAAUAUGCGACCUUUCUUUUUGUAUUCCAUCAUAAUUUUUGGUCGCCAUUUUGAAUACUCGUUGGAGCGCGCGAAUAACACAUACCAAUUGGUACAUCUGAUAAUACACACCUUAAUGGAUGACUAACAUGACUAGUUAAUACUAUUCGGAAUCAUGGAUUGAUAUUGUAGACUAUGCUGAAUCUCUAUAUUUGAGUGGUAUUUUAAAAAGAGGACUAAAAAGUUUCAAGGAAGCUAAUUUUAAACGCGUUCCCGAUAAGAACUCUCCACGACAGGGGACUCAUUUGUAUAACCCAUCGAGCAGCCGUGAUCAUCGAUUAUGAGUCGUAUCGUACAAGCCCUCAUCGCCAUCGCCAUCUUCCUGUUCGUCGGCAUCAUGAUUUUCGUGCCUUCGAUGGUGAUGACCAUCGAGCCCUUCUCCAACUGGGGCCAGUUCGAGCCCGUGGUCUGCGGCGAGAUCGUGGAGGAUGAGCGCAUCGAUUGUUACCCUGACAUGGACCGGCCAACGGCCCGUCAGUGUGAGAGCAGGGGGUGUUGUUACCAGAGGAUCACCUGGGAUCGCCUGAACAAGAUCCCCGAGUGCUACUUUCCCAUUGGGGUUGGUUACCGUGUCAUCGGGGACAGGAAGGACAUCUCUGAAGGGUUUCAGCUAGAGCUCUUUAGGUUGCACACCCCAAGGUUCUUCUACGAGGAAGUUGAGAACCUGAGGUUUAGAGCAGAGUUCUACAAGGAAAACAUCCUUCAUAUGAAGAUAUUCGAGUACCGCUACGUGGACAGGGAUGAGAUCAGGUUUGCAGAAUUUGAAGACAGGAACUGGAAACCACGCUAUGAAAUUCCUCUUGAAUACCCCAAGACCACUCUAAAGAACAGCUGGCCUGAGUAUGAGAUCCAAUACGAAAGGAACCCGUUCACAUUCAAGAUCAUACGGUCGAGGACAAAUACACCGAUGUUGGAUACAAAUAUUGGAGGCAUGGUCUUUGAGGAUCAGUUCCUUCAGUUAUCGGCGAGGAUACCAAACAGUAUGAUGUAUGGUUUGGGAGAACACAACAAAAGAAGAUUUAGACAUGAAGUCAACUGGCACACUUACGGCAUCUUUUCUGCAGACAACGACCCUGAUGAUAACCAGUACAAGAAUCUCAAUGGGCAUCAUCCCUUCUUCAUGGCCGUAGACGACCUUGGAGAUGCCUUCGGGGUGUACUUUGCAAACAGUAACGCACAGGAUAUCAUGCUAACGCCUGCUUCCGCAGUAACAUGGCGAGCUAUUGGAGGAGUCUUAGAUUUCUGGAUAUUUACUGGACCGACGCCGGAGAUGGUUAUCGCCCAGUAUACUGAGAUUAUAGGGCGCCCUCACAUGCCUCCUUAUUGGGCAUUAGGAUACCAGAUCGGUCGUGCUGACUGGAACAGCGUGGAUGAAAUCAGACAAGUCGUUGAUAACAAUGUCGCCGCUGGUGUACCAUUCGAUACCAUCUAUAGUGAUGUUAAUUACAUGAAGGACUUCAUGACCUUCACUUUUGAUGACGUCACAUUUGAAGGGUUACCAGAGUUCGUUCAGGAAUUGAACGCAGGCGGAAUGAAAUACAUCAUAUCACUGAAUCCGGGGGUUUCUAGUCAAGUUCCUGAGCCAAGAAACUUCUAUCAUUUCUACUACUAUGGAAACAAGUACGGAUAUUACAUCAACGAGACGGACAAGAAGACGCAGGCUAGAGGCUUCCAAUGGCCUGGAGAAGUUGCCUUUGCAGAUUUCUCGAACCCUGACGCCAAGGAUUGGUGGGCUGUAUUUGCCUACGAUUUCGCUCAAACUCUUCCCUUUGAUGGAGUUGAUAUGACCAUGACCGAGCCUGGUAAUAUGGUUAACGGAUCAAAGAUUGGAUGUGGGAAUAGGAAAUGGAACUUCCCUCCCUGGGUUCCAAACCUUCACAGUCGCAUGCUGUACUACAAAACACUAUGUAUGGACUACCAACAACAUCUAGGUCUCCACUAUAACAUACACAGCCUAAACGGACACUUCGCUGCCGAGGCUGGCCAGUAUAUCAUGGAGCAGAUCAAACCAGACAAGCGUAGUUUGGUGCUAUCACGGGCAACAUUCCCUGGUACUGGGCGAUAUGCCGGGCACGCCUUAGGAAAGAAUAAACAAGGAUGGGAUGAAAUGUACCAAUCACUUGUAUCUGUGAUGGAUUUCAGCUUAUUCGGCAUCCCAUACGUUGGACCAAACACAUGUAGUUACUAUGACGACUCCCCGAUGGAAUUGUGCAUCAGAUGGACACAGAUGUCAGCAUUCUUCCCAAUCUUCAGAACCUACAAAGGACAUGGAACAGAACCACACGAUCCCGCGUCUUUGGGCAGCGAGUUCCUUGAAAGCACAAGAGAGGCUAUAAAAUACCGCUACUGGUUGCUUCCUUAUAUCUAUACAUUAUUCUACCACGCCAGACUUGAUGGAUGGACCGUGGUUAGACCAAUUGUUAAUGACUUCUCCAAGUAUGAAAACGCAUGGGACGUUGACUGGGAAUUUUUGCUCGGACCUGCUUUACUAGUUGCCCCAGUCCUCCAUCAGGGACAGACGUCAGUGAAUAUUUACAUUCCAGAUGAUAGGUUUUACAACUUUUACGACGGGGUCGAGAUUUUGACAUCAGUCAAAGACAGUAAUACGACUCUCACGGCUCCUUUGGAUAAGAUCGUUUUAGUUCAACGCGGUGGGACCAUCAUCCCGCUACAGAAAAAUGCCGAUCACGGUGUAGCAAACUCAACAGAGUUUAGUCGUCUGGACCCUAUUACGUUGGUGGUCGCGAUACCGGAGGAGGUUAGCUUACAAGCAUAUGGAGAUCUUUUCUGGGACGACGGGUCAACUUGGAAUACGUACGAGAGGAAUCUAGAUCUGUACUUGGAAUUCUUCGCUAAUCGGGACCGUAUCGAUAUCCUAUCUCAACGGACGGGUAUGAUCGAGGACGAUCCUAAGCUUAUUGACGAUCUCCCGGUUAUCGAAGCGAUCACGAUGUAUGGAAUGCCGAGUGAUCCUGGUUCAACGGUAGCAGUUAAUAACCAACAAAUUGAUCCAUCGCAGUUCAUUUUUGAUGGUGAAAAGAAUGUCUUCAAUAUAACUGGUUUAGCAUUGGAUAUCAUCUCUGAUCACGUGAUUGAACUCGGCGCCACAGCAAACCCACUGUAAUAAUAAUAGUUAGUUAAACAACACCUUGGCUUGGGUCAUCUCCAUUUCUAUUUGUAUCAAAAUGCAUCUACAUUAUGUUUAGUUAGGUAUUUCAUAGCAAUGGCUAAUUUAAGCCUGAAAUAAACUUAGCCAAAAUUGAUGGACUGCUUUUUGUCUUAAGUUAUUUACUUAAAUUCGUGUGAUUAGGCUUACAAGAUAAGUGUUAAAUAGUAAAAGGGAAAUAUCAUACAAAAAUCAAUCUUAUUGAUUAGACAGUCAUGGGGAGAAAAGAUUUUUCGGCUGAGGCCAAAGUUUUCAAAAGCUGACAAAUACAGAAAAUACUGGAUAUGUUUCGAGAAUUGUGCUUUAAAUUUUCAUGCCUUCUUUCAUCACCCAAAUUUUGAAUUGGUUUCGAGACUUGUAAUUGGUCUAAAUCAAUUUCAACUAUGUGAAGCCAGUGUCACUAUUGUAUUGCCCGAGACUGAUGACGGAUGAGCUCUCGGGUAUAAUGUGUAAUCCAUUUGACCAAUCACAUUGCUCGUUAAAUUUCGCACGACUUGGUUUGAAUACUUUCACAAAAAGUAUUACGUCAUCGGCGCUUCAUAAUUGUUAUUAUUAUUAAUCGAUCACAUGCCACAUCACGACUAGCUUGAGCCCUGUUUUUUUUAAUCUAUCUGUCAUUAACAAAUAAGUUGAUUUUAUUUGAUUUGAAGAUAAAUUUGAUCUUGACCAUUCAAACUGCCUCAUUUUGGAAACAUAGAACAACGGUUUAUACCUUGCCAUUGGCUAUGUCGAUAUUAAGUUUUAUGAAAGGUUGCCUUGGUGAGCUGCAUCUUAUUAUGUUUUAAUAAUAAAACCUAAUAUAAGCGCUUAGAUAAUACCUUUAACAGGAUCACAAUAAGGCAAACAAAGAUUUUCAGAUGUAAUUAGAGGAAUAUUUUUGGCCAAAAUCUCGACUGUUAGGCCUUUGUUGCUGGAGUUUAAAUCAACCUUUUCACAACUCUUUUAAUCAGUUAUCAUUAUCAUUGUGUUCCUUUUUAGAUUUAUAGUUUCGGUUAAAUUUCUUUCAAAAAAGAUAUUUACUGCGAAUAUCAUAAAACCUAAAAACAUUCCUACUUAUACCAUUGUAAAACUAUAGUCAUUACUCAUUAAUGUGUUCCUCAUGAUGUAAAGCUAUUAUUUUUUUCAAAAAAAGCAAUGUUGAUUAAAGUAGUUAGUGUAGUUGUUUUUUUAGAGAAAAAAAUUGCAGCCUCUGCAAUUUUUCUCGUAAAUUUACCGCAGUUUUUUGCCAUUCCUUUUCUUUGCUUAACGCCGCUGUAACAUAAAAACAUUAUGCAUUAGAACAUAUCAUGAAUCUAUGUGUAAAUAUUCUAUUCAAGAAAAUGCUAUUUCGAUUUUCAUUUUUUGUAAGCAUUAUUUUGAAAUCGCACUCCAUGACAAUAGUAUAUGUAGAAAUCUUGACGGCCCACAAAAAGUGUCAUUGAUUCCAUGUGAAAUGCUUCGUGGUUUUAUUAUUCCAUCUUGAUUAAUAUUAUGAUGACCGCAAUGAACAAGAUGAGUAUAACAGAUGCGACUCGUAGUACUUAUAAAUAAUUUAUUCAUCGAUAUAUUUUUAACUUUAGCGCAGGUUUUUGUUUUUAGAUCAUAAGAACAUGGACAUCAGAUUGAAAUAAAAGAUUUCUACAUUUCUAAUGUGUAUAUAUUUCUUUUAUAUAUUUAGUACAAGUAGAUCUGAUAGCUAAACAAAAUUUAUUGUGAAUUAUUUAAGAAAAUUGUAUUCAUGGUAUUCAGAAAUAAAACUGACAUUAUGGGGUGUUGCAAGAAACUUGCGAUUAAUUGCAAGUCUAUUUUCGUUCCCGAAAUCAGGCAAAAGCCGUGCAAUUAAUUGUAAAUUUGCAAUUGAUUGCUAAUCUGCUCCAUGAAACAAGGAGUGUAAUCUGAUUUUCUAUAGUUAAAACUAAUCAAUCAAUUGUAAAAUUGCAACAGAAUACUUGCGAUUGAUUGCAAAUAUUUUCUUGCAACACCCCCUAAGUGUAUUAACAAAAUGAAAUGCAAUAAAAAUGAAUUCUCUUCUAAA